UGCGGCUUGAAUUUUUCAAAAUUCUUUGCUUUUCCGUUGUCGGCACUGAAUCGGCGUUUAAUAAAUUAUGAUUUUAAUUGAAUAUAAAAUAUCAGAAAGCGUGGGAGCAAUUUUUUAUCGAUCAAGAAAUUAAUGACAUUUUUUAUUUUGGCUACUACUUUGCUAUCUGAUAAGUGUUGAUAGUAAUCAGCAGCCUUGGUUCGCCGUUUCAUUAUUCAUAAUACUGUGCGAAGCAUUUGACUCUAUGAUACUACGGUGCUUUCCCUGCUUUGGAAUAGCAUCCUGUAGGCUCACCGUUAGUUCUUCUAAAGCCUUGGAAUACUUCUCCUGGUUUGUUAUUAAAUAUUGAGUAUUCAGAUUUUAAAGCAAAAUCGAGACCUCCACCUCGUUAUGAGUAUUGGUGAUAUUCCCUAUUCCAAGUUCUUCUAUGAAUCUACAGACUAAGAAGUCCGAGAAGAGAAACGAUGAUUGGGCGACUGGAGACCUCGAUUCCUCAGUGAAAAUGCGGAAGCUUGCUAAUGGACUGAAGAAAACUUUGACCAGCAGGGGAGGAAACGUUUCAGAGGAGAUCACAAAGAUUGAUGCCGUACCAAUUGUUGAGCCGAUUGAUGAGGCCACAUUGCGGAAGAUGCUUAAUGCAUUUGAGAGGAAAGCGUUAAAGAGUAGAGCGAAUGGCUUAAAGAAUUCCGAUGAUGCGGCCAGGUUUAUGAAUUCUGAGAUUGAACUGAAUGAUACUGUUCAGGAAUUGCACAUUAUUAACAAUGUUGCGGCGCCACCCGAUUUGUAUGCCGUCCUCCUGCAAAUGAACAGUGCGCAGACGUCGACGCAGCUCUUAUCUCACGCAAACUCUGAAUUUCUUAGAAUGACAGCGAACGACAAGGAUAUUCGAAAUAUGACCUUGUGUGUGCGACAUGUGGAGUUUGUUCCCGAGUGGUUUCUCUCCAGAUGUUUGGCAGUCGUUCAUGAAAAUCGUUGCGCACGGAGCUCUGAUUUAAAUGGAAAAGUCUCUAAAGGAGAUUCCGCAUUUAGGGAUGACGAAAAUGCGCUUUUGGAAGCUUGCUUGUGCCGCCGAUUCGACUAUGGAAAAAUGCUUAGUAGAUUACGAAGAUUACCUUUCAUUUCCAUAGUUGCCGCAGCCGAAUUUAUUCUCCAAAAUCUCCACGAUAAUCCUUGCACUAUGGAGGGAAUCACAUGGAUAGCGGUUUUAAUUGAAUCGCACUUUAUGGAGUGGACAAUUGCAGCCGAUGCCCAUCAGGUCCUGGUUGACCUGCAGCACGUCAUAUCAGAAGAGAUCGAUACACGGUAUUCAUGGUUAGAAAUUGAGGGCAAGAUCGAAUCCCUUAAUGCUGUUUCGGAAGCGAAAAAGGUGGACCAGAGCGAAGACCGGAAAUAUUGGCAUUCUGUUAUAGAGUAUUAAAUGCUUAGUUCUUACAUUUAUUUUGUUAUCGGGAAGAUAGUGAAACUGUGAUGAAUGUAAUGUUAA